AUGAGUCGACAACGAGAUGAGGCAGUGGAGGCCCCAGGACGGGCUCCUUCAUACCCAGGAGAUGAUCCUCGUUUGACUAGUAAGAAAGAAUUAGCAGGCUGGUAUGGUUAUGGCUGGGCCGCGGAGGUGUUCCCCGUAUGUGCCAUGUCUUCGUUUCUCCCAAUAACGUUGGAGCAAAUGGCCCGGGAUAGAGGAGUCCUUUUGUCCGACAAAUCCACGCCGUGUAGCACAACUUGGAGCUCUUCUAACCAGCCUAAUCACCCACCAGGGUAUGGCACAGGGCAAUGUAUUGUCUUCUUCCUUGGCGCAGAGGUCAACACCGCGAGCUUUGCCUUAUAUACAUUUUCUGUUAGCGUUCUGGUGCAGGCUGUCCUGAUCAUCUCUAUGUCCGGCGCAGCAGAUCAUGGCAGUUAUCGGAAGACUCUCUUAGUCCUAUUCGGCUUGAUGGGCUCUAUCGCAACGAUGUCGAUUCUCUUAGUUUCUCCCCGGAUCUACCUCGUGGGAGCUCUACUCGCGAUCAUUGCCAACACCUGCUUUGGUGCUUCAUUCGUUCUCUUGAACUCAUUUCUGCCUCUGUUGGUUCGCCAUCACCCGUUGAUGGUGAAGUAUCAGGAACGGCCAGCAGCAGAUGGAGUACUUAACGAGACAAGUCCCUUGAUCGAGAGCACACGCACAUCGUCUUCGGUGGCGUCUAUUGAAUUGAAUCUUUCAACUAGAAUCUCUUCUUUUGGCGUCGGAAUCGGAUAUAUUGGAGCUGUGACUCUGCAAAUCAUUGCUAUAGUCGUGGUAGUGACGACCCACCAAACAACGUUCUCUCUCCGCCUUGUCUUGUUUCUUAUCGGACUUUGGUGGUUUAUCUUCACGAUUCCUGCUAGCUUAUGGCUUCGUUCUCGUCCGGGCCCGCCACUGCUCAGUGAUGGGAAACCUCUUCAUUCUUGGACGGCAUAUAUGGCCCAUGCCUGGAAGUCUCUUGGAAAGACUGUAAUGCGAGCGCGACGAUUGAAGGAUAUUCUACUUUUCCUCGCAGCUUGGUUUCUCCUCAGUGAUGGAAUUGCUACCGUCAGUGGGACCGCAGUUCUCUUUGCAAAGACAGAGCUUGGUAUGAAGCCGGCAGCGUUAGGGCUGAUUAACGUGAUUGUGAUGGUUGCGGGAGUAUGCGGCGCCUUCUCAUGGAGUUACAUGUCUUCCUUCUUUCGCCUUGGCGCGUCCCAAACAAUCAUCGCCUGUAUCCUUCUCUUUGAGCUGAUUCCCCUCUACGGAAUCCUUGGAUUUUCACCCUCUGUGCAGCGCGUCGGCCUCGGACUUCAGCAGCCAUGGGAGAUGUAUCCUUUGGGGGCGGUUUACGGCCUCGUCAUGGCCGCAUUCUAUGCUUUGUACGCCAUCACGGACAAAGGAUCGAGUAUAUUUGGCCCUGCUAUUGUUGGCUUCAUCACCGACCGGUAUGGUGGCAUCCGACCAGCUUUCAUAUUUCUGGCUGUUUUGAUCUUUCUACCUCUACCACUGAUGCUGCUUGUGGAUGUCGAGCGUGGCAAGCAAGAUGCACUGGAGCUUGGGUCUGAGCUCGACCGCGACAUUCAUACCGGCGGCUUUAGCUACGAUUCAGUCCCGACAGCAGGCAGAUGUGAGGGAGAUAUAGGGGAAACGCUAGCCAACCCGUAG